AUGAGUCAGCGAGUAGUUGUAACGGGCCUUGGUACGGUUUCACCGUAUGGAGUCGGGGUAAGGCGGUUGUGGGAUGGUAUAAGGCAAAAUAAAUCGGGUCUGAAGUACGAUCAGACAUUGGGAGUGGUCGUCGGUUCAGUGCCUCGAGGGGAGGACGAAGGGAAUUUUAAUGUAAACGAAUUUACUGUGCGGGACCAGAGGGAGAUGUCUAUCCCAACAUUGUUAACCCUAAAAGGUGUCGAGGAAGCUCUCCAGAACGCCGAUCUUCAUCAAGUUGACAGAGAAUUUCAUCGAGACACAGCUGUGAAUAUAGGCAUGUAUUUAAUUAUGUUGCUGAUCUCUUAUUUGCUUUUGUUUAGGAAUGGGAAUUGCCGAUUUGGAAGAGAUUCAUAAGACAGGAACGUUAAUAGAGAACGGGAAGUCACGACAGGUGGGACCAUUCUUCGUACCUAAGAUCUUGACCAAUAUCCCCGGAGGUUAUGUGGCAUUAAAGCAAGCGGUCAUCCUGAACUAAAAUCUUGUUUAGGUAUGGAUUUAAAGGCGGGAACAGCUCAUCGACCACAGCCUGUGCCACCGGACUUACCUGUAUAGCCGAGUCUUUUGCUCAGAUUCAGGCAGGAAGAGUUAGAAGAGCCGUCGCAGGAUCCGUUGAGAGUUGCCUCAAUCAAAUAUCGGUGGUGGGAUUUCAGAGAAUGAGGGCAUUGGCUUCAAAAACAGACACUUUAGAUGACACACAUUGUAAGGACUUCAGAAAUAAUUUUUUACUUAUUUUUCUGCCUAUAUAUUUGCUGAUAUAGAACAUUCUUACGGCUUCCUGCCCCCUUUUCAUUUGUUCGCUGACCGGCCGGGGGGGGGAUUACCCUCACCCUACGCCCUUGUAUUUACCUACAAACAAAUUUUUUUACAAAAAAUUUUUAAGGCAAUUUUAGGCCACCUUCAUUUGGGACAGAUUCCAUUGACGGGCGCACACUUGCGGGCAACAGAAGGAAAGAAACACGUUAAUUCUGUUGGAAAUUUUGGAAAUCAUCUUAACCGGGGAAACAAGUUCCCUAUGUUUUUUCCGCGGUAGGUGAGCCUGGAUAACCGAUCGCGUGUUCAUCGUGGCACAUUCGUUCGGUAUGGUGGCAGCAUUAACCUGACGAAGUGCCACUGUUUCUCACCUACUGGCCGUCUUCUAGCUUGCAUAUGAGCGAAAAAAGGCUGCCUGUAAACGUCGGCUAAUUUCCAAAAAUUCCAACAUAAUCAGGGUGUUUCUUACUUCCUGUUUCCCGCAGGUGUCGUCUGCCCGCAAGUGUCGUGACGCCAUUUCGUUUGGGUCAGAUCGGGUAUCGGACCAAUAUUUAUAACUAAUAUUGCAAAAUUAUUUGACUAGUUGGCCAAAGCUGGCAUGACAGCCAAAAAGUUUUUUUUUCGUUUCGCUAGCCAAAAACCAGUCCAUCCCAACCACGUUAGUCCAAAGUAAAAAGUUUACAAAAAAAAGGGAGGGGAGGAGGAGUCGACAGAAAGGCAGAAAUUUUUUCAAAGAGAGAAAUUGCGCAACGUUGUGUAAGAUUGCACAACUUUUAACUUUGGGCUAAAUCCGGGGGGUUGGGAUGGAAUUUAUAAGUAACGUGUCAUAUAUGUAUCGACAUCUAAUUUUUAUUUGAUAUAGACUCAGUAUCGAGACCUUUUGAUACCAAUCGAAAUGGGUUUCUUUUAUCCGAAGGCGCAGGGAUUGUUGUAUUGGAACGAUUGGACGAUGCCAAAGCAAGGGGUGCCAAAAUUUACGCUGAAAUAUUGGGUUACGGUAAGAAUUUCUAGUGCGAUUAUAUCAGUGGUUUAAGGUAUUUCCAACGAUGCAUAUCAUCUAACUUCUCCACAUCCAGAUGGAUUGGCUUCCGAAUGGAGUAUUAGGAGAUGUCUCACCGAUUCUGGACUAUCCCCCGAUGAUGUUCAAUAUGUGAAUGCACAUGCCACCUCAACCAAAGUUGGUGACAAAGCCGAGGCCAUCUCCAUUGCUCGUCUCUUCGGUUCAAAUGUGGCCUUAUCAUCCCUGAAAGGUCAUCUUGGACAUUGUGUUUCUGCUGCCGGAUCAAUCGAAACUAUUGCUUCUAUUACGGCAUUAUGCAACGGGAAGAUCCCUCCCACUUUGAAUCUCCAAAGCACCGAUAUUGAAGAAGACAUUGAUUUGGUUCAAGGGGAUUGGAGAGAUUGGCCUAAAUGCAGUCGAAGAGUCGUAGUCAAGAAUUCUUUUGGAUUUGGAGGUGCUUUUGUGUCAUUGGCGUUUGCCCAAAUAUAA